GAAUCAACAUUCAUUACUUCGUCUUCUUCGUAGAGCUCUGCUUCAAGAUUCAAAAAAUACCUUACGAGUCAAAUCGUUUUCGCUAUUUGGUCAGUCAUAAACCAUUUUGGUUACAAUGGGUUGUGUGUCUUCAUCCUUGCUCGAUCAAGAUGAUGAGUUUACUCAAAUCGGUGGAUCGACAGGAAUCGGUCAUCAUUUUGUGUCUCUUACAUCAACAACAUAUGGUUUAUUAACAGUAGAUUCAUCAACAAAAUCUACAGAGCAAAACCCACCAACACCACCUCGAUUUAUUGGGUCCUUCUUACAAACGAGUCCACUUUCUGAAGCUAAAUCGGUUCGAUCUGAACCUGUUCCUGAAGUUAUUAACUCGUGGGAACUCAUGGCUGGUCUUGAUUCUGAAUCCGCUCGUUUCUCUCCUAUCAACAACAACAACAACAACCCUAAACCUUCGUUUUCUCUGCUUGAUACUGUUGCAGAACUUGAUUCACGUAUCUCGAGGUCACCUCGUUUGGUCCUCUUUAAUAAGGAAAAUUCAAACCCUAAUCAUCGUCAAUUUCAGAGAGAUUCUACUUGUGAAAACACAGAAAAGUAUUAUGAUGCUGAUGAAUUUGAGAAGAAAUGUCCGGUGAACGGAGAAAACAGAGUUGUUAUUUACACAACAACAUUAAGAGGUGUAAGAAAAACAUUUGAAGAUUGUAAUGCAGUAAGAGCAGUUUUUGAGGGAUUAGGGAUUGUGUUUAAUGAAAGGGAUGUAUCAAUGGAUAGAGGGUUCAGAGAAGAAUUGAAAGAAUUGCUGAAAGGAAUUAGUAGUAAUAAACAAGGAAAUGUAACAAUACCAGUACCACCUAGGGUUUUCAUUAAAGGAAGAUAUAUUGGUGGAUAUGAGGAGGUGUUUAGAAUCCAUGAACAGGGUUGUUUGAUUCAGUUACUUGAAGGCUUGCCAAAAUCUAAAAUUGGUGGUGCUGUUUGUGAUGGGUGUGGUGGUGUUAGGUUUUUGCCAUGUUUUACUUGUAAUGGGAGUUGUAAAAUUGUUAAGAAAGUAGUUGUUAGAUGUCCUGAUUGUAAUGAAAAUGGGUUAGUUCUUUGCCCUAUUUGUAGCUGAACCUCAGUCUAAUCUAAUAAUGCAUUACUUCAAA